AUGACAACUUUAAUCUUUUCUCAUGUUUUAAAACCACGUUUUUAUCCUACCUAUUCUUCUGCAACUUUUUUAACCUCUAAAUACUUAAAACAUAAAAAUUUAACUAAUAUCAAUUUCCAAUCGAUAUCACAUAUUCUUCACAAACCUUUCACAAGCCAACGUGAACAGUUAAAAGGAUGGCGAAAAUAUGCGCUUCAAUUUCGUUCAAAACCCACAACUUACAUAAUUUCAUUUGCUGUUUUACAUGAAUUAACAGCAAUAGUACCAAUUCCAAUUAUUUAUGUUUUUCUUUCAAAAACUAACAUUGAAAUACCUUUUCCGCAACAAGCUCUGGACGAGGGAAAUAAAUUUAUUAAUCGAAUUGUAAUUUAUUAUGGGUACUCACCUUUUGAAAAUGGGAGCAGAAAGCUUUUGAAUUUUGCUACAAGUUAUGCAAUUGUUAAGGCAUUGAUGCCAGUUCGUAUCGCGGCUUGUGUAGCGAUGACCCCUUGGGUGGCUGAAAAGGUUAUAGGACCUUUUAAUAGUGUGUUCAAGCGCAUAGUUGCCAGAAAAUGA